UUGUGUCGCCGUCACGCGAGGUGGCGGUGUGUGGUCAGACCCUUCCCGCGCGCUACUCACUGAAAACCUCUCGCAGGACACAGGCUGGGUCACCCUCAGUAACACACCAAUAAAAAGUUUGACUAAUAUAUACAAAAGAGGAUUUAUGACUUUGCAGAGAUAAAAUACACUAAAAUAUAAGCCCAAACAACGUUAAAAAACAGCGUGUGUAAACAGUGAACACUCAGUAAAAGAAAAUGUAAAUAAUAACAUAUAAGAUGGACUAUGCGUGCACAUGGUGACCACACAUGGUAUAUCACAGUGACACAUACUAGUGAGUUCUCUCUUUUCCCUCACCAUGGGUCGCCUUGCCUCGUUAUGGCAGUGUUGACCCCUGGCAGGUAUAAACUUGACCUCUGUAACCUAGACCGAGAUGCGAGAGUUAAGUGGAAGUCGGUGGAAGCUGUGAGUGACGCCUGUCUGCCUCCCGCCCCUGCUCACAUCUACUGCUCCUCCCUCACACCCCCAACAACACGCGAGAUGGUGGUGAGGCGGCGCUGUGAUCAGUCCCACGUCGUGGUCGUGGUGGCCACACUCUCCUGCCUCCUCCUCCACACCUCCUCUCAAUCACUCCCCAACACGGAGAUACCCUCAGGAGAGACGGUGACGGAGGAUCCUGUGUGGGACAUCCGACACAUCCUGCCGGAGGCGAACCUCGAGAACAACACUGUCACUGAUGUUACUGCAAAUGUGGGAGAUGUAGCUCACCUUCCCUGCCGCUUCCCUCAGCUGUCUACACUCCAUCAGAAGGCGUUCCUCCUACUGCAGGUGUCAUGGAUCCGCCGCUGGGACUGGCACAUCCUCACUACUGGGAUCUACACCUACACCAGCGAUAUGCGAUUUAGCGUCUUGCACCCAGAGGGCUCCGACGACUGGACGCUGCAGAUCAAGUAUGCUGAGACGCGCGACAAUGGCACCUACGAGUGUCAGAUGUACACGGGAACGGGUGUGCUGUCACAGUUUGUGAACGUGCACGUGAACACUCCACGUGCUGCCAUACUCGGUCCCCAGGAGCUGCACGUGCAGGAGGGCGACACCAUCACCCUCAUCUGUGUCAUCCAACAGAGUAAGCCGCCGUUCGUGUUCUGGUAUCACGGGGAGAACAUGGUGAACUAUGAUGGUAAUCGUCACCGCCUGAACGUGAUCACCAAGGUGGAGGGCACCAGGACGCACUCACGGCUCACCAUCACUGACGCAAGGAGCUGGGAUUCCGGAAACUACUCCUGCAUCCCACCCAACGUAGAGCCCUCCUACGUGUUGGUCUUCGUCACAGAGGCGGGCGACACAGUGGCGGCGGUACAACGUCGAGGUCACUCAUCAACCGCGGCAGACAGCACCUCCUCCGCCGUCAGGCUGGUCGCCACAUUUUGCGUGUGCUGGGUCGCCUUUUUCGCCCACCUCCUCCCAGUCAGAUGAUCGCCUGGCUACACGACGUUCUUAUAAAUACGUUGAAUAAAGUGUAAUAACUUAAAGUAAAGAAUCCUAUCGAUGUUCUGUAUUCCUAAUAUAUCCAUACGCGUUGUAACAACGGCGGUAAUAAGGCAUUCUAAGGUGUGAUUAACAGAACAAAAAUAAAUAGUUGGUUAUUUUUUUUUCUUCUAUGAGAUAACUCUUUAAGUGCAAACUGAGGAAAAAACUGAUUCACGAAAUGUAUUCCUCAGCUUGCGAAAAUUAGUGAAGUGCUGAAACAAUCUAAAUAAAACAAAAUAUAUGGCAAGACAAUAAGCCACAUAUAAAUGAAAAAUAAUGAAGCGGUGUCAGUAAAAGUUAAUGACAGACAGACUAACUUCAAUAAUUUAAGAUGAGAAGAAGCUGUGGACUUCAGGAGACAACGCUCCGUGCCUCACGAUGGUGAUUUGUCCAAAAUAUUGAGUAAUUAUAUUUAAUAGGUAUAGUGUUUUAUAUGUGUAAAUGUGUUCCAGGAUAUACAAUAUUUAAGCUGUGAUUCUGAGACAAUGUUUAUACCUGAGUUGGGUGAGGAUAAUUACAUAGGGAGUAAGUAAGGAGGCGGCUACGACUCUCACGUCUCCUCAGGCCGCGUCUCUGCUGCAGCUGUGUCAAGAGUCACGUGUGUUCUGCUCGGGUUAUCUUUAUACGUCACUUGUAAAUCUCGCUAUCAAGUCAAACGAACAAUUCUGUUUUGACUAUCGAGUGGUGUUGACGUGUAAUUUGAGAUUAAAACACUCAACUGGUCAUUGAAUACUUCUCAUAUUGUCAGGGAAUAUCAAACUCCCAACUCACUCUGUCGGGGGAAUUCAUUCCACCCGCCUCACCAGUCAUACGAGGUCAACAUCAAUCAAAUUAUUGUCGUAUAUGAACUGAACACAGGAACCUUACAAUCAUGCUAUGUCAAAUUUCCCAUUUCACUGUGUCACAAGAGGUCAACUCAAUUAUGUAACUGCGUCAAACAGGUCCACCCACGUCAACCCAUCCUUCUUGCCGUGUCAGAUGGUGUCAAUGAAGUUAUUUAGUGCCAUGAGAGGUUUAAUCUCUUCAACAAACUGAGUCAAAAAAGAUCAAUUCCUACUGUAUAAUAUCACUUCAUACAAUAGUUUAAGGAAUGGAAUAUACUUGAGAGGCAGAAUGUAUUAAGGAAACAACAUUGACACUACCCGGGAAUCAACUGUUGAUUAGUGUUUACUCCCCUCACUGUUGCCAUCUGGUGGUGGUACCGUUAACCAGAGGAUAAAUGUGGAAAAAUCAGAAAAUGCUAAUCCCGUUAUUUUCCUCCUACCUCACACUAACUACUGGCAAACUGGUACUCAUUCACGAAAUUAGGAGUCAAAUGCUCAUAAACUGUAAUUAAUGAUCGAUAAGUCAAUACUACGUAGCAGCUAACGUGAUGAUUCUGGGACAUAGCAGAUAUAGAAGGUUAUAACGGAGGAGAUUCAUUCACCUUUGAUAUAUAGCCAAUGUGUUAUGGUGACGCGAUGAUUAUAUUAGUUAAUGAAUUAAUGUAUUCAUCAGUUGAAAAUUAUUUAACUACUGUGUUUAUUCAUUUUUAUUUAGGUAUUCAAGUUCUUAGAUACAUCUUGAGUUUUACAGCAACAAAUCAAAAUUAAUUACUAUAACCUACAAAAACUAUGCGUUUGGACCUACGUAAAAUUUUAUAAUUAGCUCAGAAACAACUAACUCAUUCUCCAAUUAAUUUAUUUAUAAUUUAUUUCUUAACGAGUUCAUAAUUAUUAUAUUUUCCUGGCGGGUAAACAGCUCCCAAAAAGAUGAUAGACGCUCCCCUGGUCUUUCACACUCACACGGGGACUCAACACCAGCAACACGUGUCACAUAAAAGCUCACACGUCUUGUCCAACACCUCCACGGUCUUCUGCUCUAAACAGAAACAAAACGAACAUUGCAAUACGAGUUUAAUCACUGAGGAAACUAAAUUGGUAAAGAAUAAAUGUUCUUUUUUUCAUGUAUAUUAUAUUAUUGAUUUGUCUUGAUAUUAUUUUUGACCAUAAUGAUAUUUUGAAGAAGGUUUAGGAAUAGGAGUUAAUGAAGCGUCGUACGGCUGCCACAUAUGACAUGAUCCAAGAUAUUAAACGAAGAUAUUAGCGAAGUGCCAUUUAGUUAAUCGCUCUCCCAGGAACGAGAUGAAGUACCAAUCUUUGCAAAACGUCCUUAAUGACGCCUUUAAAACCAACCAGCAUUCUCAGUGAAUCAAUAGCGAAUAUCAACACCUACAACAUUCAUGCUUUAUCUUCCUCAUUCAUUGUAAGAUCAAUAACAAGGAUGUCAGUGGUGAGGAGUAUUUUGGCUGUGGUUGGAGGUUGGGGGAAUGUGUUUUCUAUACUUUCAGUAUCUUUACCAAUUUUUUAUUUCGAGAACAAAUGUGUACAAUGAGGAAGGAUAAGGAACUAUUGUACGUCCCAUCAACUACUCGACCAAACUUUUACUUUUAGUUCCGUCUCUUCCAAAUGGAUGUUCUAAACUGUCGUGACCAAGAUCUAAGCUGCGCUCGCGCGUACACAGACAUACCUGCACACACACACACACACACACACACACACACACACACACACACACACACACAUACAGUACACGGUUCACAUAGCUCAUAAAGCCUUUGAGGCACCACAGAUGCCCUCUGAAGCGAAGGCGAACUUAGGCAAACCUCUCAUUGACUUGUGCGGCCUCUGGCAGGCAUAUGAACUCCCCGCAUAUACCGCAAGCAUCCAGUGACAGAUCAAUGUCUAAAUACUGAAAUAAUCUACUGUUGGUGUUAUAAACUCAAUGGUAUCUUGAUACAGCCGGUAGCGACAUUACGUUCAGCAGAGGCGUGUUGGUUUGUCUUUAUGACUGAAGUACAAGGGAUUAAGAUGAGGUUGUGCGGUGAGUGACUCUCGACUUGUACAGUAUAUUACUCACCAACCACCGAAGUUCUUGGUCUCAAAGUCAGAUAUACAGACAGAUGCUGUCACAGCUUGGCUGUGUAUGAUGUAUGUUUGGAUAUAUUUUUCAUGUACAUCUGUAAUUAGUGUAUUGUUUAGAAUUUUACGGAUUGCUAUAAUUAAUGAAAACAACAACAUCAUCAUCAACAACAACAACAACAACAACUCAGAACAUACGAGUGUAAAUAAAUGUAAAUAAUUCGUUCCAGACAGUGUAUAACCAAUCACUUUUUAUGUCCAUUUGUAUAUAAAUCCAUAAACUGUUAGCUUCUGUCAGAGGUUUUAUGUAAACUAGAUAUUCCUUAAUUAUUAUGUGUUACUUAAGUCUUUUCUUUCCUUCAGUAAGUGUUGGUAUAUAUAUAGUGUGUUUGAUGGCUGCUCACACCCACAGACACGUAUCAAUAUUACCUUAAAUCUGUAAGACAUCUUUAUUGGUUAUUAUAAACAUCUUCCUAGUCUACAAAAUACUUAUGUGGUGAGGUAAAAUCUGUCUAUGACCCAUCGUCUGAGAACGACAGUAGUCAAGUGUUAUUAUAUUGGUAUUAAUUAUCAUAAGUAAUCCUCUACUUUUUUCUCAUAGUUCUAAGUUUUCAAGGAACUCAACAACUCUCAAGAUGUGUUUUUUUUCCCUCCCAUGACUCUCUUCUGUAAACUUUUCUACAUGUUUAUUUAGUAUUGUAUAUCAGGUAAAUUUGUUCAGUGGCGACUCAUCACCACGUCUAGUGCGUCAUCUGUGUUUCAUUAAAGGUUUAUAUGGG